AUGUCGGACACUUGCAUAUCUCUGUCGGAGUCGACAGCUUGUCCCGCCUUCAACGCCUCUUCUAUCUCAACCAACUCUACCCUUUAUGCAGACUUUCCCUUCUUGCAGUAUGUUUCGAACGUGACGGAUUUUGAUACGCAGUUGCGCAGUUAUGUGUCGGAGGCCUACGUCAAGGCUGAGUAUGUGGACCUAUUCGGGUGCCAGGGGGUCAAUCUCACGGAUACUGCCGACUACUACGCGCGCUAUACUACCAGUGUAAUUUGUAAUGGGAUUGUUCAGAGCUCAAAGAGCGACUGCCAUCUUUCGACAGAUGAUUCGAUGCCCCUGUGUGCUGCAACAUGCGCACUCAAGGCGACGAGCGAAGAGGAAAUUGUUGUGAAUUCAAAUCUCUGCCAAAAUGUGAGCAGCGACUAUAUGAGUCAGGUCCGCGCGGAUUUUACGGUUUGCGCCCUGCCCGCCGACUCCCUGACGGGCACUUGUAUCUCUGGGUCAGACAAUGAGCCUAAAAACUGUGGAUAUGGUCCAAAUCUCCUGGGCCUUUGCCAAUACUGUGAUGCAACCUCGACAGAUUCAUGCUGCACCGCCGCUAAUUCGACAACCCGCUGUUCUAACGUCACGAUCCCCUCAACAACAGCCACCAUUCAGCCAGUCAUCCCAACCUCAUCAACGUCGACGGCUACCGCUGACGCAUCCCAUUCACAUGGUCUUUCCGGUGGCGAGAUUGCCGGUGUUGUUGUUGGCUCCGUGGCUGGCUUUGCUCUUCUCGCCGGCCUAGCUGCCUUUCUCAUCUUGUGUCUCCGCCGGCGCCGGAGGGCAAACCGUGAGAUUGGGCUCAACCAGCCCAACCCGCAGCGGAAGGGCAUGUCGGCCAUGCAGUAUGUUCAGAGCCCGCAGGGCUAUGAAGUGGUCCCAGGCGGGCGAGUCGCCAGAAUGUCCGCCUUGCGUGAAGUUCCUAGUCAAUCGCCCGCGCGGUCUCGCAACUCGGCCGCUGUUUUCAGCAGUGCCAAGUACAGCGACACAUCCGACUCGGAGGGAUACCGUGCCAGCCCGGGAACAAUGUCCAAGCGUAUCCCUCCCGUCACAGGGAAACGAAACGGGUCGCUCUCUAGCAACUCGAUUUUUGCUGGUAUUGAUAGUGACACCUCGCCUCGCUCCGGCACGAACGGCCAGUUCUCGUCGCCAGAGGCUGUGACCAGUGGCCAGUCGGAGCAGCUUCCCUUCUUCCGUGACUACUAUUCUCAAGACGACAUCUACGCUGGAGACCAGGUUGCAGUGCUGUGGGCGUAUCAACCACGUGCAGGUGAUGAAUUCGAACUCGACCGCGGCGAGAUGCUCAAGGUGAUUGGCAUCUGGGAUGAUGGAUGGGCGACUGGCGUUCGCCUGCCCGAACGCGCUGAAGACUUUGAUGCUAUGCAUCGAGAACAACGUGAUAGUGGCGUCUCCCAUGGAUCGCGGAGACUGGCUGUUUCUCCUGCGCCCAGUGGGGACAUCAAGGCAUUUCCGCUGGUUUGCGUAUGCCUCCCCCAACACUGGAGGAAAAUCGUUGAAGGAGAGGUACCGGAGGAAGACGAAUCUUGA